AUAUUUGUGCGUUUACUGAACGAAAAUUAACGGAAAUUAGCGCCCGUUUCCUUUAUUCGGGAUUUAAGCGGCGACAAAAGUGCGGAAACUCGGAAAUGUUGUCGAGUGUUCGACCAGUAUCAACCGAACUUUUCGGUUAUUUUUUCAAUUUUGGAAUUAUUUUCGUAUAAAUCAAUAUAAAAAAAUAAAAAGAAUCAAAAAUGGUUUUAAUUUUGGAUAUUUUGAGAAGCUACUCGUUCAAAACAGAUUCGAAAAUCAAUUUUAAAUGCGAAUUCCGACGACUUUUUCCCGUAUUGUGCUGUUACUUAAUACCCGUUUCAUUUGGAAUGAUGCUCGGGUGGCCUUCUUUAGCUUAUCCUUACCUUCUAAACAGUAACCCAACAUCCCCGAUUCCUAUUACUUUAGAUCAAACGUCGUUAAUCGCCGGAUUUUUAAUGGAAGGGAACUCAAUAGGUACAUUAUUCUCAACCAUCACCUUUUUAAGGCCAAAAGCCUCAAUUUUCAUUUGCUUUUGUCUCCAAUUUUUCGGAUGGUGCGUUAUGUUCGGUGCUAACGAUAUAUUUGGGUUGUUAAUUGCACGAUCAAGCGUAGGUUUCGCGAACGGUUUUGGAUUAGGUCAAAUUCGCCGCUACGUUUUUGAUCAUUUCGACGAGGAAACGGGGAAAAAUUUACUACAAUGGUUAAAUAUUGGGGUGAAUAUCGGAGUUUUAGGUGUUUAUAGUUUUGGUGGGUGGGUUUCCUUUCGAGUUAUGGCUCUGGGUGGAUUAAUUGUCCCCUUUUUGGGUUGUUUGUGUUUUGGGUUAAGCGCAAGCAGCGAAAUUCGACACCCACCCAAACCACAAAUAAAUAACAACAAGGGAAGCAUCCCAAUUAGCGUAAUUAGUAAGAAUUUCGAUUCCGAAAUUAAUUCGAAUCAAAAUCAAAGUGUAACUCCCGAACAAGUCAACGUUUUUAAAUGCCUUAAAAAUCAAAAAAGUCGUAAUUCUUUGAUUUUACUCCUUUUAAUUAUUUUCACUCAACAAUACACGGGAGGACCCGCAAAUAUAGUUUAUUCCCAAAUUAUCUUUAGAUCAACCGGAAACCCUCAUCCGAAAAUUUGCUCGGUUAUUUAUGCCGUAGCCUUUUUAAUUUCCACGUUAAUCUCGACGAAACUCGUCAAAUUAGUUCCAAGAAAACCAAAUUUACUAGUUUCUUGUUUAACCACGGCCGUAACAUUAAGUUUAAUAGCACUUUAUUUCCAUUUAAAAUUCGAAUUACUCGAAAUUAACGAACACUUCGUUUGGGCUCCUUUAUUUAUCCUAAUCCUUUUCAAUUUCUUCCACACCCUAGGAUUAGGAACUCUUCCUUUCACGAUAAUAGACGAGAAAACGCCGAAAAACGGAAAAAUGGUCGCCAGAAAAUUUCAAGUUAUCCAUUUCUCGAUGUCUGCGGUUAUUUCCACGAAAAUUUUUCAAGUUCUUUUCGAUCGAUUUGAUAUGGCGAUUGCUUAUGGAUUUUUCGUCGGCGUCGCUUUGUUUGGAGUCGUUAUGACGCUAAUAUUUAUGAAUAAUUACGAGCCGAGUGAAGAGUUACAAAGGAUAGAGGAGUACGAAAGAAAAUGCGAAGAAAAUGAAAAGAAAUCUGGUGGAGGAGGAGAAAAUGAGAAAAUUGAAGGGAUAAUUGUUGAAAAGACGGAACAUAUAACAAGAUUGUGAUGUAAAAAUUGUUAAUUAUUAAGUUAUGAAAUGUGUAAAUACGGUUUGAUUACGAUGUAAUUCUUUUUUAAUUGGCGAGAAAAUAUAUUAUUUUCUAAUAAA